AAGCACGUGACCACGGCCGAUAGUUGAGCUUCUGAGCGACCCACUCAUGCAUCGUUGGCCGGUUCCGAACCUUUUACGCUUUAUCGUCCCAUCGGGCCUUACAUAAAGCCCUCGCACCGUUGCCAUAGUCCCGAGAGGUGAGAGAUGAAAUGUCAAUGCUGGGUAAACGUCGCUAUAGUGCUGGGGCCGUGCCCGUCACAUGCCGGGUAGGUGGAGCGGAGGUCACUCGGCGAGUCUACCCGCUCUGCAGAGGACGAAUCCACCGAUGAGAAACUAGGAUUUGUCAGUAAUGUCAGCGAUAAUCAAAACAACCUUAAACUAAACGCUACCGGAGCAGGAAAGAGGGCCGUCCGGGCGGCCAGGUAAGAAGAUGUCCACUGGCGCGAAGCUGGCAGUCCCGCAAGCUCGUCGACUCGAUCAGCAAAUCAUCACCACGGCCAGCAUCCGCCUCCCUGUAAGAAUGGCGGGGACUCGUAAAGAGAAACAAAAGAAGAAGCCUGUGAUCACGAAGGAGCUAGUACGAGAGGACGUGUACUUGACGGACAGCACCACGCCUCUUCCCGCCCCCAGCCCCAUGGCGGCCGCGCACAGUCGGCGGAUGCGGGAGAUGGGGUAUCCGGUGGAGAUGAUGGCCGACAAAACUAUGGCCAAACGCACCAUGCGGGACACCGUCCAGGAGAUUCUCAAGCACAGAUCGCUGGACAGGCAGCUGCAAAUUGAGAUGAACCGCCAGAGGACGCAGAUGCAAGCAGAGGCGCGACAACUCCGCAAAAAUCUGAGACAACUUAAGUCAAAAUCAACUUAUCAAAAUACGUCUGAAUCGACUCUUGUACAACACUCGGACCACUCCUUGCAUGCCUCUGUACAAUCGUUACCAAAUGAAACUAGACCUAGGAGAAGCACUAGAACGAGGAAAAGUACUUGGGGAGUAGCGACGGGCCGGAUUGUUGCUCUAAAAAGAAUGCAGGGACCAGGUCGGAAUAAAUCAACAGAAGACGUCGGCGACAGUGGAGAGGAGGAGGCCCGUCUGUGUUAUGCUAUUGACGCAGUACGAUUGAGUCAGGACUCGGCCGUCCUUCCUUUCGCGAUGCGAGACACGAAGUCUACAUUGCGACGUCCCGUACGCCGACACACAGUGGACGUAUCUGGGGCAAAGAACAGAGAGAAAUUCCCCGUUCCAAAGCAAAGAUGGAACAGUGUUUCAGGAGAUAGUAGCAUCUCUCCUGAUCUUAUGACGUCAUUUUUCAACUCCCCACCACUGUCACCGGACGGAAUGAAGGUAUACCAGCGGGGGGCAGACGUGCGAUCAAGAGAAAGCUCCGUACACUCCGUCAAAGAACUGGGUCUGAACUGGCAGCUGCCCUCGCGAAAUUCCACACCGACGUCAACGACAGGCAAACGUCACAGAGACCAUAAGCCAAUGACUUCCGAACUGGAUAGGAGGCGAAAGGGAGAGAAAACUCCUGAGAUAAAAGUAAAAGACACACAACAAGCGGACAUGGACUUAGACAGGAACUGAUUUAGACAUUUCUAUGUGUAUAAUUCCAUAACAAAUGUGAUUAACACGCAAAUUCGAAUUUACCUGGCCACUUCCAGAUCAACUACAACCAAGUAAGAAUGACGUGGACGUCGUAGUCACAUUUGUGAAAAUUCCCUAUUCUAUAGACUUCAUGUUCAUUCUUUAAAACUAAAUUUAUUCCGUGUUCUUUCAUUGUUCUAAACGUACACUGUGUCAACAACAACAAGAAAAAGAAUGAUGACUUUGCCUUUGUAUAAUCUACAACAAGGUAUUGUUUGGGGAA